GCUAACUUUCUCACUCUCCCUUUUUGCCCCCCUCCAAAUUUGCUGAUUGGGCUGCCUGGCGUCCCAACAUCUGGACCCAGAGAAGGUAAAUUACCAGACAGCAGCGCACCCCGUGGGGACCGGAGAAGACCAACAGUUCCAGAGUCCCGGAAAGCGCUGUUGGAUGUCCGCGGGGAGAUGGCUUUGAGCUCAGCCUGGUGCUCAGUCCUGUCUCUGUGGCUCCUCUGGGGUGUUGCCUGUUCCAGCGCAGCGUCRGGGGACGACAACGCCUUUCCUUUUGACUUCGAAGGGAGCUCAGUGGUCGGCAGGCCUGAGACGAGUGAGCCCCGCGUGGCUCCGGGACGCCUGCCUCCUGCUGCCGAGAAAUGUGACGCUGGAUUCUUUCGCGCCCUGUCAGGAGAAUGCUUACCCUGUGACUGUAACGGUAAUUCCAAUGAGUGCUCAGAUGGCUCUGGAUUCUGUGUGCACUGCCAGAGGAACACGACGGGGGAGCAUUGUGAAAAAUGUCUGGAUGGUUAUAUUGGAGAUUCCAUCAGGGGAGCACCCCACUUCUGCCAGCCAUGCCCCUGUCCGUUGCCCCACCUGGCCAAUUUUGCAGAAUCCUGCUAUAGAAAAAAUGGAGCUGUUCGAUGCAUUUGUAAAGAAAACUAUGCUGGACCUAACUGUGAAAGAUGUGCUCCUGGUUACUAUGGAAACCCCCUGCUCAUUGGAAGCACCUGUAAAAAAUGUGACUGCAGUGGAAAUUCAGACCCCAACCUGAUCUUUGAAGAUUGUGAUGAAGUCACUGGCCAGUGCAGGAAUUGCUUACGCAACACCACAGGAUUCAAGUGUGAACGCUGUGCUCCUGGAUACUACGGGGAUGCCAGAACAGCCAAGAACUGUGCAGUGUGCAAUUGUGGAGGAGGCCCAUGUGACAGUGUGACUGGAGAAUGCUUAGAAGAAGGUUUUGAACUCCCUACAGGCAUGGACUGCCCAACCAUAAGCUGUGAUAAGUGCAUCUGGGAUCUGACUGAUGACCUGCGGUUGGCAGCGCUCUCCAUUGAAGAAAGCAAAUCUGGGCUGCUGAGCGUGUCAUCUGGUGCCGCAGCGCACAGGCAYGUGAAUGAAAUGAACUCCACCAUCUACCUCCUCAAAGCAAAAUUGUCAGAAAGAGAAAAUCAGUAUGUCCUAAGAAAGAUACAAAUCAAUAAUGCUGAGAACACAAUGAAAAGCCUUCUGUCUGACAUAGAGGAAUUAGCUGAAAAGGAAAGUCGAGCCUCCAGAAAGGGGCAACUGGUUGAGAAGGAAAGCACAGAUACCAUUGACCAUGCAACUCAGCUUGCAGAGCAGGCCCAUGAGAUGAGGGAUAAAAUCCAAGAGAUCAACAAUAAGAUGCUCUACUAUGGGGAGGAGCAGGAUCUGAACCCAGAGGAAGUCUCUGAGAAGCUGGUGCUGGCCCAGAAGAUGCUUGAGGAGAUUCGCCGCCGCCCAUCGUUCCUCACCCAUCGAGAGCUCGUGGAUGAGGAGGCCGACGAGGCCCAUGAACUGCUGACCCAGGCUGAGAACUGGCAAAGACUGCAUAAUGACACUCGCUCUCUGUUUCCUGUCGUCCUGGAGCAGCUGGAUGACUACAAUGCUAAGUUAUCAGACCUCCAGGAAUCACUUGACCAGGCCCUUGACAAUGUCAGGGAUGCUGAAGACAUGAACAGGGCCAUGGCAGCCAAGCAGCGAGACCACAAGAGACAAUAUGAGAGAGUGAGAGAACAGAUGGAAGUGGUGAACACUUCUCUGGGCGCAUCUGCAGAUUCUCUGAUGACACCUCGUCUGACUCUUGUGGAACUUGACGAUAUAAUAAAGAAUGCAUCAGGAAUUUAUGCAGAAAUAGAUGGAGCCAAAAAUGAACUACAAGGAAAGUUAUCUAACCUAAGUAACCUCAGUCAUGAUUUAGUCCAAGAAGCUAUUGAUCAUGCACAGAACCUUCAACAGGAAGCUGAUGAGUUGAGCAGGAAUUUACACAGUGCAGACAUGAAUGGGCUGGUGCAGAAGGCUUUGGAUGCAUCGAAUGUCUACGAAAAUAUUGCCAAUUACGUUAAUGAAGCCAAUGAAACAGCAGAAAUCGCUUUGAAUGUUACUGACCGAAUUUACGAUGCUGUGAGUGGAAUUGAUACUCAAAUCAUUUACCAUAAAGAUGAAAGUGACAACCUUCUCAAUCAUGCGAGACAACUGCAAGCAAGAGCAGAUUCAAGCAAUGAGGAGGCGGUAGUUGACACCAGCAGGCGUGUGAGCGGGGCCAUGGCCAGGAAGAGUGCCCUUAAACACAGAUUAAAUGACGCUGUUAAGCGACUGCAAGCAGCAGAGAGAGGUGAUGCUCAGCAGCGCCUGGAUCAGUCCAAGCUGAUUGUUGAGGAAGCUAACAAGACAACCAUGGAGGUCCAACAGGCCACCACCCCGAUGGCUAACAAUCUCACCAGCUGGUCACAGAAUCUUCAGAAUUUUGACUCUUCUGCUUAUAACACUGUGGUGGACUCUGCUAGAGAUGCAGUAAGAAAUCUGACAGAGGUCGUCCCUCAGCUCCUGGAUCAGCUUCGUACAGUUGAGCAGAAGCGCCCUGUAAGCAAUGUUUCUGCCAGCAUCCAGAGGAUCCGAGAGCUCAUUGCUCAGACCAGGAGUGUCGCCAGCAAGAUUCAAGUCUCCAUGAUGUUCGAUGGCCAGUCAGCUGUGGAAGUGCACCCCAAAGCCAGUGUGGAUGACUUAAAGGCCUUCACAUCCCUAAGCCUGUACAUGAAGCCUCCCAUGAAGCAGCCAGAACUGUCUGGAACCACAGAUCAGUUUAUUCUGUAUCUUGGAAGCAAAAAUGCCAAAAAAGAGUAUAUGGGUCUUGCAAUAAAAAAUGAUAACCUGGUGUACGUUUACAACUUGGGAGCAAAGGAUGUAGAGAUUCCCCUUGACUCCAAGCCCGUCAGUUCCUGGCCUUCUUACUUCAGCAUUGUCAAGAUCGAAAGGGUAGGGAAACAUGGCAAGGUGUUUUUGACAGUACCAAGUCUGAGUAGUACAGCAGAGGAAAAGUUUAUUAAAAAGGGGGAGUUCACCGGAGUUGACUCCCUGCUGGAUCUGGACCCUGAGGACACUGUCUUUUAUGUUGGUGGGGUGCCUUCAAACUUCAAGCUCCCAGCCAGCUUAAAUCUGCCCGGCUUCACUGGCUGCCUGGAGUUGGCCACUUUGAAUAAUGAUGUGAUCAGCUUGUACAACUUUAAGCACAUCUAUAAUAUGGAUCCCUCCAAGUCAGUGCCCUGUGCCAGAGAUAAACUGGCCUUCACUCAGAGUCGGGCUGCCAGUUACUUCUUCGAUGGCUCUAGUUAUGCUGUGGUGAGGGACAUUACAAGGAGAGGAAAGUUUGGCCAGGUGACUCGCUUUGAUAUAGAAGUUCGAACACCAGCUGACAAUGGCCUUGUGCUCCUGAUGGUCAAUGGAAGCAUGUUUUUCAGCUUGGAAAUGCGCAAUGGUUACCUACAUGUGUUCUAUGACUUUGGAUUCAGCACUGGUCCUGUGCAUCUUGAAGACACAUUGAAGAAAGCCCAAAUUAAUGAUGCAAAAUACCAUGAGAUCUCAAUCAUUUACCACAAUGACAAGAAAAUGAUUUUGGUAGUUGACAGACGACAUGUCAAGAGCAUGGACAAUGAAAAGAUGAAAAUACCCUUUACAGAUAUAUUCAUUGGAGGGGCUCCCCCAGAAAUAUUACAAUCCAGGACCCUAAGGGCACACCUUCCCUUAGAUAUCAAUUUCAGGGGAUGUAUGAAGGGUUUCCAGUUCCAAAAGAAAGAUUUCAAUUUACUAGAGCAGACAGAAACCCUAGGAGUUGGUUAUGGAUGCCCAGAAGACUCUCUUAUAUCUCGUAGAGCAUAUUUCAAUGGACAGAGUUUCAUUGCUUCAGUUCAGAAAAUAUCUUUCUUUGAUGGCUUUGAAGGAGGUUUUAAUUUCCGAACAUUACAACCAAAUGGAUUACUGUUCUAUCAUACUUCGGGGUCAGAUGUGUUUUCCAUUUCGCUGGAUAAUGGUACUGUCACCAUGAAUGUCAAGGGCAUCAAGGUUCAGUCGGCAAAUACGCAGUACAAUGAUGGGCUGUCCCACUUCAUCAUAACCUCUGUCUCACCCGGAAGAUACGAACUCAUAGUAGAUAAAAACAGAAAUGUAAAUAAUAAUUCUUCCAAUGGGAAAGCAGAACAAAUUCAAGAAGGUGAAAAGAAGUUUUACUUCGGUGGCUCACCCAUCAGUCCCCAGUAUGCUAACUUCACUGGCUGUAUAAGUAAUGCCUACUUUACCAGGUUGGAUAGAGAUGUGGAGGUUGAAGAUUUCCAGCGGUAUUCUGAAAAGGUCCACACUUCUCUUUAUGAGUGUCCCAUUGAGUCUUCACCAUUGUUUCUACUUCACAAAAAAGGAAAAAAUUCCUCAAAGCCUAAAACAAGCCAGAAUAAGAAGGGAGAAAAAAGUAAGGAUGCACCUUCAUGGGAUCCUGCUGGCCUGAAGUUCAUAGAGCAGAAUGUUCCCAGAGACUCUCUUUGUCACCUUUCCAAUCGCCCUAAAGCAAUAGAGCAUGCCUAUCAAUAUGGAGGGACAGCCAACAGCCGCCAAGAGUUUGAACAUUUAAAAGGAGAUUUUGGUGAAAAAUCUCAGUUUUCCAUAAGUCUGAAAACUCGUUCUUCCCACGGUAUGAUUUUCUAUGUCUCUGAUCAAGAAGAGAAUGACUUCAUGACUCUAUUCUUGGCCCAUGGUCGCUUGGUUUUCAUGUUUAAUGUUGGCCACAAGAAACUGAAGAUUAGAAGCCAGGAGAAAUACAAUGAUGGAUUAUGGCAUGAUGUGAUAUUUAUUCGGGAAAAGAGCAGUGGUCGACUAAUCAUUGAUGGUCUCCGAGUCCUAGAAGAAAGUCUUCCUCCUUCUGGAGCUGCCUGGAAAAUCAAAGGUCCCAUGUAUUUGGGAGGAGUGGCUCCUGGAAGGGCUGUAAAGAACGUCCAGAUUAACUCAGUCUACAGUUUCAGUGGCUGUCUUAGCAAUCUCCAGCUCAAUGGGGCCUCCAUCACAUCUGCUUCCCAGACAUUUAGUGUGACCCCUUGUUUUGAAGGUCCAAUGGAAACAGGAACUUAUUUUUCAACAGAAGGAGGAUAUGUUGUUCUAGAUGAGUCUUUCAACAUUGGAUUGAAGUUUGAAAUUGCAUUUGAAGUUCGUCCUAGAAGCAACUCUGGAACGCUUGUCCAUGGCCACAGUGUCAAUGGGGAGUACCUAAAUGUCCACAUGAAAAAUGGGCAGGUCAUAGUGAAAGUCAACAAUGGCAUCAGAGACUUUUCUACCUCAGUGACACCUAAGCAGAGUCUCUGUGAUGGCAGAUGGCACAGAAUAACAGUUAUUAGAGAUUCAAAUGUGGUUCAGCUGGAUGUUGACUCUGAAGUGAACCAUGUGGUUGGACCCCUGAAUCCAAAACCAGUUGAUCACAGGGAGCCUGUGUUUGUUGGAGGUGUUCCAGAGUCACUACUGACACCACGCUUGGCCCCCGGAAAACCCUUCACAGGCUGCAUCCGCCACUUUGUGAUUGAUGGGCGCCCAGUGAGCUUCAGUAAAGCAGCCUUGGUCAGCGGAGCUGUGAGCAUCAACUCUUGUCCAGCAGCCUGACACAACCAAGCACAGUUGCCCAGCAUACAGAGUUCUUUAGAGCACUGAAAUAAACAUAGGGCCAGCCAGGAGGACUAGCAACUUCUCCUCCCGUGGAAGCUCUCGUAGUUGAAUGGAACUUAAAUGAAUUAUCAGGGUAUGGAGGCUUCUUCUCAUUUGGAUUCCUUCUUUGGAUCCAAAAUGUCUACAAAGGACGACAAUUGUAUGGGUAGUAAACUUGUAUUGAGAGCACACAUAAUUCCUGCUGGUGACAUGACUGUUCCUGUCUAAUAAAACAGAAGAGAUUCUAAAUAAACACUGGCACACAUUUUUAAAGUGAAGCUAUAUUCUCGGAUUCAUCAUUCUUCUUUCAGGAAAGAUAGCUUUCAAUCUAUACCAAAAUAUCUUUGUCCCACGCUAUCUUUUUAUCUUAAAAAGAUUUAA